AUGGGAAUCGAGACAUCACCGUUUGCGGGAGCAGUAGAGAUCAAUAUGAUGUCUGCUGACCUAAGGAAGUUGUCUGACCCACAGAAAGAGUUGGAGGCGGCUGAGCACAUCCCACAAGAGUCAAGCCCAGAAAGCGUGGCAAGUCAUUCGCCAAGGCCAUUACCAACAACAGGAUUAUGUUCGAGAUGUCAACUUGAAAUCUCGAUGAAUCGAGGAGAAAAGCAUCUACCCUUUCGAAAAAGGAUGGAAUGGCGACCUGUGGUAAGAGAGCCUUUAGCACAAGAGCGAAGGAUGACGACUGAUUCAAUUGCCCUCUCUACUCAAUUGAUUGAAUAUAGUUGCGUGAAGCAGCAUAAGUGCUAA